UGAACAGCAAGCAUGUGCGGAUGCAACGCGAGUAACAUCUGAACGCAUCAUUGCUAUGUUAGGUGAAUCAUACAGGAGAUCAUGCCGCUUGUGGCAUCCGUUUACGAAAAUACGCCGACAUUGGUGUGACGAACUGGGGAGGCCUGAGUGAGCAACCGACGCUCGGUCGUUCUGCGGUUAGUCUUUGUCGCAUGAGAGGCCGCCUCACAGACUCGAUGACAAUUUGUGUAAUGGAGAGGGCAUCGGGUGUUCUGUGCUGUGUGUUGCACAACACACCCUUGGAUGCUUUUUCGUGUGUGACAUCGAAUCGACCAGCUUCCACGCGCUCGCCCACCGCUCGACCCGCCCAACGGUCAUCUUGGCCUGCAACGGUCAAGACCCUAAGGGGACGGCUCGCUCCCAAGCGGCGGGUAAACUACCGAAAAAUGCGUGGGCGCGACUCGCGGGUGUGAACGGGCAUGCUAAGACAAGCUAAAUGUUUAGUUUGGGCAUGCGGGACCGGCCACUGCAUAAACAGACCCCUCGUUUUCAACCAGCUCCAUCCCACCCGACACUCUGGUUAAUCUUACUCACUUUCUCGUCUCUUCCAGACAAUUGUACAACUCAGUUUUCGAGAAUCUUACAAUGGCGCCACCAAAGGAGACCAAAUUCAAAGUGGCUGCAGCCCAUGCUGCGCCUGUGUUCAUGAACAAGGCCGCCACGAUUAAGAAAACCGUGCAGCUCAUCGAACAAGCUGCCACAAGCGAUGUCAAACUCCUUGUUUUUCCAGAGACGUUCAUACCCGGAUACCCCUAUGCUGAAGAGAGCGUUGUCGUGGAACCCAAUGGUGAGGACGUCAGUGCCAUCCAAGAUGCAUGUCGUCGCACAGGCGUUGCCAUCAACCUGGGAAUUUCAGAGCGCAUUGCAAACGGACACACGUUGUUCAAUUCGCAGGUUAUCAUCGACAGCGAUGGUACUAUUCUUGGUGUGCACCGCAAGCUUCAACCAACUUAUGUCGAGCGUUAUAUCUGGGCUCAGGGCAAUGGCAGCUCGUUGCGCAACUGGCCCUUGUCGCUGGGCUAUAACCUCGGCGGCUUAGCGUGCUGGGAGCACACAAUGAAUGGAGCCCGCCAAGCGCUCAUUACUCAGAACCAACACAUUCAUGCUGGGGCAUGGCCCGCGCUCUCUACCAUGGCGGGCUUCGAGGCGGUUGCGGAUGCGCAGAUCGAAGCGCUCAUGAAGGCGCACGCACUCACUGCUCAGGUCUUCGUCAUCACGGCCUCCAACUACGUCGACCAAGGAUGUCUGGACUGGAUGGAACAGAACCUCGGAAAACAAGAUCUGGUCAAACUCGGUGGAGGCUGGUCAUCGAUUCUGCAUCCGUUCUGUGCAUUCAUUGCGGGUCCACACACCGGUGCUGAGGAAAAGCUCGUGCAGGGCGAAAUUGAUUUCUCUCAGCUUGGUGCCAUCAAGGUGUGGAUUGAUGCAGCUGGACAUUACCAACGCCCGGAAAUCUUGCAGUUUGCGUUCGACAAGAGACCCCACUGGGCCGAUGAAAAAGUCGACCGAUUCAAGGCUCGGCCAGAAGUCAAAGCGAAAGAAGAGCCAGUGGAGCAAUCGCAGGAGUAGUGGCGGGCCGAUCACAUCCGAAGAUUAUCCGGGGCUUUGAUCGCCGCUGGCCAAGGAGGUGAUGGUUACGAAUCGAUAUCUGCCCCACAAGCGAGAGCGGGAGCAAGAUGACUUAGCGGACUUGCCGUUGAGUAGCAUCGAGAGAGGAAUGAAGUGCCAUGUAGAAUAUCGACGAUCCCAACGUACUAUGCUUUU